AGUUGCGGUCACAGCUUAACGAACAACUGCGGGCUCUAGAUGGCAGAGUCGACACACAGACAGCCUUAGUGAAUGAACUACAGGACUGGUUUAGGCGUCGAGCUGAACUCCAUCAAGAUUAUGCAACUAAACUGGACAAGUUAGCGAAGAGUCUGCAAGCUAGACACAAGGAACAACGAAUUAAACGGGAGCAGCUGCACCUGUUCAGUGUCUACAGCUGCUGGAACUCGUUAGUGAACCAGACAAAAGAUGCCAGGGACCAAUAUGCUAUGGCUGACGUCUAUCUCAAUAAUGUCAUUCCUAGAUUUACACAAGUGCAAGAUGAUGUCCAGAGGAUUUACAAAAGGUGUCGAGAAAUUGGUUACGAGAGCCACGAAGAACUGCUCAAGGUACUACAUGAGCUUCACACUACCAUGAGAACAUAUCAUACUUAUCAAACCGAGUUCAAGAAUGCCGAGACUAAGCUGCGGAAUUUCGAAGCCCAGAGGAGUAAGCUUGAGCAGGCUAUCCCUAAGGAGAAGCUUGAAAAGAGCAAGAAGUUUCGAGUCAUUGAGAAGGAGAUUCAGAAGCGGAGUAGCAAGUACAUGGAUGCCAAACUCAAGGCACUCAAGGCCAGGAAUGAGUACAUCCUGUCAAUGGACUCGGCCAACGCUGCUAUCCACAAGUACUUCGUUGAGGAUCUGUCGGAUAUUGUGGAUUGUAUGGAUUUUGGAUUCCAUAGCAGCAUCCAAACCCUCUAACCCGUCUCGAGGAAUGCCUUAGAAGAGCCUGCAGAGCGGAAUCGGCAAAUCAACAAAUCCAUCAACAACCUGGACUCGAGGUUGGAUAAACAGAGAUUCCUCGAGUUCAACAACGGCUUUAUUACAGGUGAACCAGGUGGUCGUCAAUCGCCAAGUCCAAGAGGAGAUGGAAAACGUUACGCCCAUCUGGUCUCGCCACCAGCCUCAAGACCCAGUCGAGGAGACUUGGAAGACCAUAGAGACCGCAGAGAAGACCCUAAUGGAGAUGAUCAAUCAGAGGGACUAACGAUUAAACUUGGUAAACAAAACUCGCCACGACGAUCGGGCGAAACUUCUGAUGGACAACCUAAGCUGUCUGGUGGGUCCGAGGAAUACCUUGAAGCCACUGGGUCAAGAUAUACCUUAAUUAUGAAGUCUUGCAUUAGGGUCAUCAAUCUGUAUGGAUUGCACCACCAAGGAUCUUCAGGGUGUCGGUUCAGAGGUGGAGAUCAACAACUUCAGGAGUCGUUCGAGAGGAUGGAGGAUCCUCUGGCUGACGUUACGGCGCCGGACAUCAACAGUGUGGCCGGAGUGUUGAAACUCUACCUAGAGCUUAGGGAACCUCUUUCCCCAACGAUUCUUCACCAGUUUAUGGAGAUUGCCCGUGAGUCGUUUUUGUCUGAAUUCACGAAAAACAUGAUGGAUCCGCACACUGCCAUCUGUUUUGGGCCAACACUAGUUCCCAUACCUGAGGAGGACAAGGUCCAGUACCAGAAUUUAGUGAACGAGCUGAUCAAGAACAUCAUCAUCUUUAGCGAGGACAUCUUCCUAGCGACGGGGCCACACCCACAGAAAUACAUCUCCCGUGACUCCAUAGACCUUGAGGCCGAGGUGGGGACGCCUUCAGGGGCUCACGGGACGUCGACUAACCGCCAAUCGGAGGACGAUUCUGUGUUUAGAGACAGAGACAUUACGCUACAGAUCUUUGGAAGUAAAGGCGAGAUUCUUGAAGCCAUCGCACAGUUUGACUUCAACGCCGGUCUGAACAGCGAACUAAGCUUCAACAAAGGCGAUGUCCCGUUCUACCUCCCAGGAGUUUUAAUGACUCGUGGGCGGCGGUUGUCGUGUUUAACGAGGCUCAUCUCUCACCAGCAGGGCGAGGAGUGCAUCAGUGGUCAACGCUCUCUGCAGGUCACCUUGUCGGGUGAAACUAGAGGUGUUGCCUCCUCCUCCCCCAAUUCCCCCCCACCACCCUCUCCCCCCCAGCACACUGCGGGCCCCCACGCUGAGUCGGUGACCCAGCUUAUGGCCCCUUCAUUGGUGGAGAAGACAAAUGACCAAGAACCGAUGGAGGAGCCUAAGAAGAGCCAAGACAUGGAGCAGUUAAGAGUCGGGACGAUCAACGCCUCCUCCAGUGGGGGCCACAGGACGCCACAAGUCGGGGAAGAGGUCGUGGAGCGGGCGGAGGGCAACUCGUGGGAGCAGAGGCCGCGACGCCCUUCGCAGGUUUCCGACCUCUCGUCCGGCAGUUCCGACGAACGCCUCAAUUAUUCCUCGGCCUCGCCUCGCGCGCUCUGGGAACGCCGGGGCAAGGCCAAGCCCGUGGCCGGGGCCCCCGACCUGGUGAUGGAUCUCCCGGUGGCGCCGCUGUCGUCUUCCCCCAAAGAACAGGGCGGCGUCAGUCCCAGGUUACGCCGCACUCACCUCCGCCGGGAGACCAAGAGUUACGACAGUUCUUCCUCGUCCGGAGGUUCGUCGCCGGGCACCCAGUCUCCUGACAUGACCGCGGGCGAGGUCUUCGCCAAACAGAGUCAGUGCACGUUGAAGAAGACUCCGGCCCUCAAGUCUUUUGGGGGCUACAGCACGGACGCCCAGACGCAGACCGUCAUCCCGGUCAAGGUGACGUCGUCCCUCGGCCCGACUCGGAGAAACGCCGACGCCACGGAGUUGAGAAUAACGGAGGCGGAGGAGUCGUCGGUCUCCAGCAUCGUGCGGAGUCUAGACGACGUGAUGCAACGGCUGGACUCGGAGAUGCGAAGCGAACGCGCCGAAGUUUCCUCCGACGUCUCAGUCGAGAUCGGAUCGGCGUCGGACAAGCCGCAGGAAGUGACCGCGGCUCCGUCGACUCCAAAGCUGACCGCCCGUUACCUCCAGGCCGUGGCGGCAUCGACGGGCGGGUCGACGCCGGCGCUAAAACCCCCCGUUAGGGUCAAACCUUGCGUCCUGAAGAAGCCAUCUCUGACGCGAGGCUCGCCCGAACCCGAGCCGCCCAAGUAAACGGACGAGAAAAAACACGAUAGUUUCUUUAACCGCUGGAAGUCUCGGCUGCAGACAGAGAGACUGGCCUUAUUGGUACUUUAUAAAUAGUGUUACAAUAUUCACUAGUUUGUGUGCAGUGUAGAUAAACUUUCUAGUUGAUGAUGUGUCGUGGCGGCCAUUGAUGAGUUCACCGCCGUACUUACUGACCCCAAACGGAAUUUAUUUUACGUUAUAACCAUUUUUUUUCUACUGUGACGAUAUUUGUGUCAGGAAAAUAGUAAUUAACCGCCGUAGAUUUAGGUGUAGUGUUUGGUUACAGGUGGCGCCAUCUUGUGCCAGUGAAAAGACGCAUUUACUCUGUUUACAUAAGGAUCCCUAAUGGUGUUGUUGUGAUGAUCGUGACAUACAACUUUCUAUUAGUGACGUUUUUGUUGGUCUUGCUAUUCAGACGCUGUGAAGUAAUAUCGAGAUCGGUAACAAUAUUGCAACUAGCAGAUGGUGCAGAAUCAGUGAUGGAUUACUAGCUUGAAGCGUGGUAUUGGAACUAGCAGAUGGUGCAGAAUCAGUGACAGAUUACUAGCUUGAAGCGUGGUAUUGGAACUAGCAGAUGGUGCAGAAUAAGUGAUGGAUUGCUAGUUUGAAGCGUGGUAUUGGAACUAGCAGAUGGUGCAGAAUCAGUGAUGGAUUACUAGCUUGAAGCGUGGUAUUGGAACUAGCAGAUGGUGCAGAAUCAGUGAUGGAUUACUAGCUUGAAGCGUGGUAUUGGAACUAGCAGAUGGUGCAGAAUAAGUGAUGGAUUGCUAGUUUGGUGAUGGUAUUUGAACUAGCAGAUGGUGCAAGAAACAUUAACGGAUAACUAGUUUGGUGGUAAUAUUGGUUCUAUUGCAAGGAACACUAUUGGGUGAUAAUGGUGAUAUUGCAAGGAACAAUAUCAAGAAAGGUGGCAAUGGCAGAUACAUAAUGCUCAAAGUGGUGGUGCAACUUAACCGUUUCUUCCAAUGCAUUUCUUUUAUAUCAACCAGUAUUGGCAACACUUAUAUUACCUUAUUCAGUAAUUUUUAUCGAGUUAUGUUGACAAGGCUAAAGGGAAAUCACCUCUGUAUGAGACCCGUGUUCUAAACGCCGAGGGAAAACGUCUCUACUCGGUAUUUUUUUUUAUCAGUAUUAUGGUUCGAUGUUACAAAUCCGUUUUAUUGUUUUUGUUUUUACGAGCAGCAAGUUGUGUGUUUGUUGUUUGUCUGUAUGACGUUUAGGGCCAUGUGUAUUGACCCGUGUGCGUCUGUAUGCACUAUUGUCCCGUGUGCGUCUGUAUGCACUUGUCUGGAAAUGGCAACGUCUAGUCAGAGUUUCGUUGGGAAGAUAAUGCAAACUUGGACACAUCGAUGGACUUUCUACAGGCAUUCAAUAACAAACUCAACUAUGAACCUUUAUAUAAUGGACUAUGUUAAUGUAAAAAUCCAUUAUAUCGAGGUUCUGUUAGAUAUGAAAACUCCACCUAACGAACUAGAUAAAAAAUCCAUUAUAUCGAGGUUCUGUUAGAUAUGAAAACUCCACCUAACGAACUAGAUAAAAAAUCCAUUAUAUCGAGGUUCAUUAGAUGUAGAAACCCCCUUAAAUGGAUUCAAAGAGAGAGAUGAUUUAUCAUACGGACAUUUCACCGUGGAUAAAAUUCCUGUACGGUCAAAAACAAAAGAAAUGAGUAUUAUUGCCAGAUACUUGGACUGAUUAUGAAUGGUGCUUCCCAAGAGUUGGUGUAUUGAAGGCAACUGAUCCUAGGAGUGAGAGACAGAGAAAUAAUAGCAAGCUCACUAUAUAUUUUGGUGUAUUGACGUAAACUUGAUCCUAGAAGCGUCUUUGGCCGUAGAAAAAGAGAGAGAGAGAUUUAAAACAUAAAUAAACUAUAUAUUUUAAUGAUCAUUCCUGUACUGUGUAUAUAUAUAUAUAUAUUACGAACAAACAAACAAAUUCAAGUGGAGACGUAGAUAAAAUACAGUUUGUGACGACUAAGACCCCAUAACCAGGAACGGGCCGAGAUGCCUCACCGGAACUCUCGAGCUUAUGACCUACAAGCCUCGGGAUCACUGCUCAUCGUAUUGACAUUUGUAAAUAAAAACAAAGCAACAAAAACGUAAAAAAAAAAA